AUGACAGAGUUGCAUGCCGCUGCGGAAGUUGGUGACGUGUGGGUACUAAAUAAGCUUCGGUGGAGGAGUGACAUAGAUGUCAACGCGGUGGAUGCGGAAGGACGCACGACCCUUCACAUUGCAGCAGCACACGGCCGUAUAGCCUUUAUCAAAGCGCUGCUCACAAAGUUUAAGUCUGUUGACACAUGCAUUCUUGACAAGAACAAUAAAACAGCACUUCAACUGGCUCCACCAGAGGUUCAGAGGCAGAUGACGCUAUUUUUAUCAUUGAAAGAGGCCAAAGCGUUGGAACGAUGCACCAAGGACAAUGAGGAAAAGAAAGAAGAGGAGAAUGUAUACAAGGACAACGAUGUGGAGAGUGCGGAGAUGGUGAACCCGCGCGUUCUUCGCAAGGCCGUUAUGUGUGUCCUGCUCCCAUUCAUUAUCCUUAUUUUUCUUAAUGGCACUUUUUUCGCUCUUCAGUUUAUUAUCGUAACUUUGGCUUUUUAUUUUGUGUCGCUUGGAUACUUUGUCUCGGAAAUCUCCAUUCGCCCGCCGUGGUAUCAUCACCAUCCCAAGUCCACGAAGUUGACGAUACAUAACUGCCCGGACUACUGGAACGGGUGUAUUCAUGACCCACUCACAGACCUUGGACUUAUGUACGAUGACGUGUCCUUCACCUCCACGGAUUCCUAUACACUACGUGGGUGGCAUGUCCCACCUCCUGCUGAGAACGCACGAAAGAUGGGCCUUGUACUUGUGCAUGGCGGGGGCAGAGACCGACGUGCCUGGCUUCGCCAUGUGCCAUUUUUGCACCAGGCAGGAUACGGCUGUCUGCUAUUUGACUUCCGUGAGCAUGGUCUGAGCGAUGGAAAUAUGCGAGGAUUUACAUACGGCAUGAAGGAGCGCUUUGACGUGGUGGUGGCCUGCCAAUUCAUGCGGUCUAACUAUAAAUAUGAGCGAAUAUGUGCCAUGGGGACGAGUGUUGGUGGGUCUUCUGUUAUUAUGGCAGCUGCCAUUGAUAAGAGUAUCGAUGCCAUUAUCGCAGAAAACGCGCUGCUUACAUGUGCCACGCUUCAGGAUCAGAAAAUUGUUGAGAUGAUCGGUGGUUAUUUCUCCAGGCGGGCGUACAGUAUGUUUUUCUUUAACUUGUUCCGGCGCACCUCAUCGUUAUGGUUAAAUUUUCGUAUUGGUAAUAAGCCGACCAAGCACUGCCAAGCAUUACACUGCAUUGGGAAGAUUUCCCCAAGGCCCAUACUGCUGAUGCACGGAACCGCAGAUGAAUUGGUCCCGUAUCGCCACUCAUUACAGCUUUACGAUGCAGCGCAGGAACCGAAGGAGUUGUACAUCUCUGAGGGUGCCUUUCACUGCGGCCUGCACAAUACACACAAGGAGGAGUAUGAAGAGCGGGUUAUCAAUUUCCUUCAGAAGUAUGGGGGAGAGAAACGACCUGUGGAAGUGGGAGAGCCAGUAAAGAAGACGGAAUAG